GACACACCUGGUCGUCAUUUUGGCUCAAGGGGUCACCGCGCCACGUUGGAAUUCCCGAAGAGAAACGUCCUGCCGGAGCCAUUAUGGCGUGAGGCAAUCCAGUUUCAUAACCUCGAGUAGGAGGAGCUUCGGUUUUCUGGAAGCUGGGAGCAGCAGCGCUGGAGUUAUCAGGGAGAAUUAGAGCAACGGAAGAGCUACGAGUUCAGGGUGGCAAGCGCGAGAGAAGCCUUGCGCGCGGGUAGAAUGAGUAAAAUCAACUAAACUGCGCAGCUUCAUAACAUCGUUAUUUUUAUUACAGAAACGACGUGUACUUGUUUUGGGGACUCGACAAACUCGGAUUAGUUAGUUUAACAUCCAGACGACUUGGUUUCGUCACUUCAACGGCGAUUGUUGUGGAGUUUGAAUUACCUCAGCCUCGAGUGACUGGAUUAAGGGGGCCGGGAGAGAGGGAGAAGGUGGGGCAGAGUGAGUCAAACGGACCGAGCGCUCACUACUGUCCGCCCGCCCGCUUUACCCGAACCAUCAACGGCUCUUUUUCUGUUUUCGCCCGAACCCACAUGAUUCUGACAUUUUCUAUGCUAAUCGGAGAACGAUAUCAGCGGCUGUCAAUCUUUCAACGCGCAUUUGAGGUCUCUGGAGUGUGCACACUGUGGUGCGACGUAAACCGUUGAUAUUUACCGUUCGGGCGGAUUUUGGGGGGGAAGUGUACAUUCCCCGGUCUUGUUGGACCAUGGCCGACGACGACGUGCUCUUUGAAGAUGUUUACGAGCUGUGCGAGGUCAUUGGCAAGGGGCCGUUUAGCGUGGUACGAAGAUGCAUGAACAGGGAGACGGGCCAGCAGUUUGCUGUGAAGAUCGUGGAUGUAGCCAAAUUCACCUCCAGCCCUGGCCUCAGCACAGAAGAUCUGAAGAGGGAAGCGAGCAUCUGCCACAUGCUGAAACAUCCACACAUAGUGGAGCUUCUGGAGACGUACAGCUCUGAUGGAAUGCUCUACAUGGUCUUUGAGUUUAUGGAUGGAGCAGACCUCUGCUUUGAGAUUGUGAAGAGAGCAGAUGCUGGGUUUGUUUACAGUGAAGCAGUAGCCAGCCACUAUAUGAGGCAGAUCCUGGAGGCGUUACGGUACUGCCAUGACAACAACAUCAUUCACAGAGAUGUGAAGCCUCAUUGUGUGUUGCUGGCAUCAAAGGAGAAUUCAGCUCCGGUGAAACUGGGCGGCUUUGGUGUGGCCAUACAGCUGGGAGAGUCUGGACUAGUGGCCGGAGGUCGGGUUGGUACUCCACAUUUCAUGGCCCCUGAGGUGGUGAAAAGAGACCCUUAUGGAAAACCCGUGGACGUGUGGGGCUGUGGAGUUAUUCUCUUUAUACUGCUGAGCGGCUGCCUUCCAUUUUACGGGACUAAAGAGCGCCUGUUCGAAUCAGUCAUUAAAGGAAGAUACAAGGUAAUGAACCCUCGACAGUGGGGCCACAUCUCAGAGAGUGCCAAAGACCUGGUGCGUCGUAUGCUGAUGCUGGACCCUGCAGAGAGGAUCACAGUGUAUGAAGCUCUCAAUCAUCCCUGGCUCAAGGAGAGGGACCGCUAUGCCUACAAGAUUCACCUUCUUGAAACAGUUGAGCAGCUGAGGAAGUUCAAUGCCAGGAGGAAGCUAAAAGGCGCUGUUCUCGCAGCAGUUUCUAGUCACAAGUUCAACUCUUUCUAUGGAGACCCACCUGAAGAAAUGCCCGAUUUUUCUGAAGACCCCACUUCAUCAGGACUGCUAGAUGCAGAAAGGGCUGUGUCACAGGUGCUGGACAGUCUGGAGGAGAUUCAUGCCCUGACAGACUGCAGUGAGAAAGAUCUGGAUUUUCUACACAGCGUCUUUCAGGACCAUCACCUCCAUUCGUUGUUAGAUCUUUAUGACAAGAUAAACACCAAGUCGUCACCCCAAAUCAGGAAUCCUUCCAGUGAUGCCGUUCAGAGAGCCAAAGAGACCUCCGCUGACGACGGGCCGAGCACGGCUUUGAAACAUCUGGAAUAUGUAUUGGAGGAGAUUUCUUGCUAUCCUGAAAAUAUUGACGCUAAAGAGCUGAGACGGAUUCUAACUCAGCCCCAUUUUAUGGCCUUACUUCAGACACAUGAUGUUGUGGCACAUGAGGUGUACAGUGACGAGGCAUUGAGGGUCACACCACCACCCACAUCACCAUACCUAAACGGAGACUCGCCCGAGAGCGCCAACGGAGAGAUGGACCUAGAGAACGUCACACGUGUGCGUCUUGUUCAGUUUCAAAAGAACACAGAUGAACCCAUGGGCAUCACGUUGAAAAUGAACGAGCAAAACCAUUGUAUCGUGGCAAGAAUAAUGCAUGGAGGAAUGAUCCACAGACAAGGAACCUUGCAUGUUGGAGAUGAGAUCAGAGAGAUCAACGGUAUAGGCGUAGCAAACCAAACGGUGGAGCAGCUUCAGAAGAUGCUUCGUGAAAUGCGAGGCAGCAUCACGUUUAAGAUCGUACCGUGCUACCGGACGCAGCAGUCCUGUGAGAAAGAAUCCCCCUCCACCUCCAGACAGUCCCCUGCUAAUGGCCAUUCCAGCAUUAACAGUUCUAUCUUGGACUUGCCGUUGACCAUCCAGCCGAAAGGACGUCAGAUCUCCAGACCUCCAAUCAACGAUAAAUUUUCCAUCAAGAUCUACGUGCGGGCGCAGUUCGAGUAUGACCCGGUGAAGGAUGACCUCAUCCCUUGUAAAGAAGCAGGGAUUCGCUUCAGAGUGGGUGACAUCAUUCAGAUUAUCAACAAAGACGACCAUAACUGGUGGCAAGGCAAGCUGGAAAACACCAAGAAUGGCACGGCAGGGUUGAUUCCCUCACCUGAGCUGCAGGAGUGGCGGGUGGCGUGUAUAGCCAUGGAGAAGACCAAGCAGGAACAGCAAGCGAGCUGUACUUGGUUUGGCAAGAAAAAAAAGCAAUACAAAGACAAAUACCUAGCAAAACACAAUGCAGAUCUGGUCACAUAUGAGGAGGUCGUCAAGUUGCAAGCGUUCAAGAGGAAAACAUUAGUGCUGCUAGGUGCCCACGGUGUUGGCAGGAGACACAUCAAGAACACACUUAUCACCAAACACCCAGACAGAUUCGCUUAUCCCAUUCCACACACGACGAGACCUCCAAAGAAAGAUGAAGAGAACGGCAAGAGUUAUUACUUUGUAUCCCACGACCAAAUGAUGCAGGACAUCUCCAACAACGAGUACCUUGAGUACGGCAGCCACGAGGACGCGAUGUACGGCACGCGGUUGGAAACGAUACGCAAGAUCCAUGAGCAGGGACAUGUAGCCAUACUGGACGUAGAGCCACAGGCACUGAAGGUUUUACGGACAGCUGAAUUCGCUCCCUUUGUGAUUUUCAUCGCUGCGCCCACCAUCACCCCCGGCAUGAAUGAGGACGAGUCACUACAGAGGCUGCAGAAGGAGUCUGAGAUCCUACAGAAGACAUACGCACACUACUUUGACCAAACCAUCAUCAAUAAUGAGAUUGAUGAGACUAUCCGGCUCCUAGAGGAAGCAAUGGACCUGGUUUGCACCACCGCCCAGUGGGUGCCAGUGUCCUGGGUCUAUUAAAACGGCAACCCAGGCGACCUGUAACCUUACGCCCCUGCAACCUCACACUUUGCAAUGCAUCUCUGCAAAAAAAAAACGGAAAAACUUUCCCUCGAUGAAAAUAGAAGCGAGACCCACCGCUGACGUUUAACAACAUCGAUGUACAAGCCCUACAGUGAGCCCCGUCUUGGCCCCUCACAGACUACCUAGACGUAGUGUUGUAACGAUUAAAAAAAGAUCAGUAAAUUGCUAAAUAUUGUCAUGUCUAUAUAGCUAGGAGGCAACAUUUUGUAGACGUUUGUUUUAAAGAGACAGUAUCCCUUUUUGCCCCAUUAUAAUAUUGUUUGCUGGACAUUGGUCGUCAGUACCAGAGAAAAAAAAGCAGUAUUAUUACAGCAGAAUCCUAGUUACUUUUUUCUGUCCGACCCAUCCAUUAACUCGGCCGUCAAACAUAAUCCUCACAUUAUCCGUGCAGCACAGCCCAGCUGCUUCAGCACACUCCAGCCCACAGUCAAGUUAUUUAGCUCACGUUUGAAACCAACUUGUUUUUCCCAGCUCCCCCUCCUCUACACGUGGAUACUGUCUCUCUAAAGGUCUGCAGAAAUGUUUUCGAGAUUUGAAUGAGAUCUCAUGCAUGUGAACAUUCACAAGCUUCCAUACUGUCAGUGUUAGCUGUGUUCAGAUGGUCACCCACAGCAGACAAACAUUCCAUUCGUCUGGACAAACACAUUCAAACGGAGCCGGUGACGAGCUAAACAUCUAUGAAGAAAAGACCUAUGCACAUCCCUUGCAUUUUCGCAACUUUGUAAACAGUUUAUUUUUACCAAUCAUGUAGUAUGAUGUGUUUGUAAAUGGUCAAGAUUUUUAUUUGUUGUACGAUUAAAGGGGUUCGUUGGAAAUAGAACAACAACAACAAACAAC